AUGGCAUCUUUAGAAGAUAUUUGCAAAAAACAAAAAACUUGCUUACAAAUAGCCACUAAUGUCACUGAACAGAAACACCACGUUUCGAGGGCAAAAAGGGGCCAAAUUUUGGGCCACUUGCGAGGAUUUAGGGGCUGCACCGUUUGGUUUACUGGUUUCUCAGGGGCAGGUAAAACAUCCAUUGCCUUCGAGCUCGAAGCCUAUCUCAUAUCACACGGCAUUCCGGCAUACGCUUUAGACGGAGACAAUCUCAGGACAGGAUUAAACAAAGAUCUGGGUUUUUCCCAAAGGGAUAGAGAAGAGAAUAUCCGAAGAGUGGCGGAAGUUGCAAAGUUGUUUGCUGAUGCCGGGCAAAUAUGCGUAUGCAGCUUCAUUUCCCCGAACGCUGCAGAUCGCAGAAUAGCCCGCAUGAUCCACAAAGAAAACGACCUAAAGUUCUUUGAAGUUUUCAUCGAUACUCCACUGGAAAUUUGCGAGCAAAGAGACACGAAAGGAUUGUAUCACAAAGCAAGACAAGGUAUUAUCAAAGGAUUUACUGGGAUAGAUCAGCCUUAUGAGAUGCCAGAAAGUCCGGAACUUGUUGUCAAAACAGUUAAUUGUACCGUUGAAGAGAGUACAAUGCGAGUGGUGGAAAUGCUGCAAGAUAACGGUGUAAUACCGUUUACAGAAGAAGAUAAAGAUCAAAUUCCGGAUUUAUUCGUACCGAAAUACAGACUAGCCAGUGCACUAGAAGAAGCCGAAAGUUUGCCCAGAUUACAAAUCACUACGUUAGAUUUACAGUGGCUUCAGAUUCUCGCAGAAGGUUGGGCUUACCCUUUGAAGGGUUUCAUGAGAGAGGACCAAUUCCUCCAAACCCUGCAUUUCAAUUGCCUGCAAAACGAAGGGAGCCCCAUCAGUCAGAGUGUCCCCAUCGUCCUACCCACCACCACCGUUGACAUGAACCGCCUCAAGGACGCUUCGGCUAUAACCUUGCUGCAUAACCACGAAUGCUAUGCCAUCCUUCGAAAGCCCGAAUUCUACUUCGAUAGAAAAGAAGAGCGAGCCGCCAGGCAAUUCGGAACGACCAACAAAGACCACCCCUACAUUAAAAUGAUCAACGAGUCCGGGGAUUGGUUAGUGGGAGGCGAAUUGGAAGUGUUGAAGAGAAUCAAAUGGGACGACGGUUUGGAUCAUUAUCGGCUUACUCCCAACGAGCUGAGGGCUAAAUUCAAAGCGAUGUCCGCUGAUGCGGUGUUCGCGUUCCAGCUCAGAAAUCCGAUCCACAACGGCCACGCGCUACUCAUGAACGACACCAAAAGGCAGCUGCAAGAAAGGGGCUACAAGAAGCCGGUUUUGCUCCUUCAUCCGCUCGGCGGUUGGAUCAAAGAUGAUGAUGUUCCAUUGCCCACGAGGAUUCUUCAACACGAAGCCGUCCUAGACGAAGGCCUCCUCGACAGGGCUUCGACUAUUUUGGCCAUCUUUCCCAGUCCUAUGAUGUACGCCGGCCCCACGGAGGUCCAAUGGCACGCCAAAGCUAGAAUGAACGCCGGAGCUAAUUUUUAUAUAGUGGGAAGAGAUCCUGCCGGUAUAACCCACCCAGCGGGUAAAGAUGCCACGCCUGAUGGUAAUUUAUACGAUCCCAUGCAUGGCGGAAGGGUCCUCAAAAUGGCACCAGGUUUGGUGUCGCUGGAAAUCAUCCCGUUCAGAGUGGCUGCGUACGAUAAGAAGAACUCGAGAAUGGAUUUCUUCGAUAAUACGAGACGAGAGGAUUUCGAGUUUAUAUCUGGCACGAAAAUGAGGACACUGGCUAGAAACGGAGACGCUCCUCCCGACGGUUUCAUGGCACCCAAAGCUUGGAGAAUACUCGCCGAGCAUUAUCAAUGUUUGCAAUAA